AUUAUAACCGUUUCUCUUUUGUUUAACCUAUCAAAUUUAUUGACAUAUUUUUUGUCACAAAACGGCUUGUUGUGAUGAAUAUCCUGUUGCGAUAACUUGAAAUGGCCCCGAUACGUUACAGCCUUCAUUAUGAAGACUACUCUGAACAUUUGAUGUCAAGAUUUGGUAAAUUAUUACAAAUGCAGUCUUUGGUGGACAUGACACUUAUGUGUAGUUCUCAUACGUUGCGUGUUCAUAAAGCUGUUCUUGCUGCAAGUAGUGCUUACUUUCAGGAGGUGUUACAAAAGCAAUCCGGCGAACCGCUAAUUAUAUUAAAGAUGCGCUUCAGUGUAUUAAAAUGUUUGGUAGAAUUCAUGUACUGCGGGAAAACUCAAUGUCUAGAGGAGAACUUAGACGAAUUAGUGUCUGCGGCACAGUUCUUAAAGAUCAAAGGACUCUCAAAAGUCACUAAAGAAGGCCUCGGCAUUGCCAACAAUAGUGAAAUGCCAGUGUUCACACCACCGGUUGUGAUAAACAGACCUCCGCAAUCACUUAUUGAUUUGCAUUCACAGGAUGAAACUAAGGCUCAACAGUCUGCACAGCUGGCACCAGCUACUAGCACCAGUCAGCCAGUGGAUAGUCUCGGGAGAAUGAAUAAGCAGGACAUGGUUGUGCGAAUCCCGUUUGACAUUGAGAAUGGCGGUACCGCUGCCGGUGACUACUCAGACGCCCCUCGAGCCAUCAAGCCGCGCCGUGGGAGGCCCAGUGUUCGACGUACAGGACCUUGGGAAGGUGCUGGUUCAUUAGGGCGGGCAGCUGAACGCGCACUACUUCGUCGCGAACAAGACUCACGAAAGGCCAUACACCAGUUAAAACAUCUGCAAACUAGGCAUAUGCAGGACUACAUGGACAGAGUAACUCUUUCACAAGCCGUAAACAGUAUUUGCGGACCUGAAUCCUCCAGCAACUACAUGAACCUUGACAAUGACCUUAUGUACAUGGACCAAACGGUGUCAUCAAAUGUUCUAGAUCCAACCAUCUCUUACUCCAAAGAACACUCUAUUGGGAAUGAAACUAUCACCAGCUAUUCUAACACAAAUCCUAGUAGCUCAGCUGAUACUUCUAAUAGUGGAAUCGGUACAGCUAUGUCUCAGUAUGUCAACGCAUUGAAAAGUGCCGGUCUUCCAACAGAUUUACCCAUACUAUUCGAAUCCGGUGAUGGUUCAUACAUAAACGUCAACGAACAAGUACUGCUUGAUAUGGUUCAAAGUAGUGAAAUACAAUACGAAGUCAUAGAGCAACCGAACAUUAUAGAGAAAGUAGCUGACCCGAGUGAAAUCAAGAGUAUUGAUGACCUAUCGAAAUCUAUAGAACGCGGAGAAAUGUUACUAGGCAAUAAGGGUUAUGGCGCAAACAAUGAUUACGAUAAGGAUGCAUCACAGUAUAAUCGUACGGAAGACACUAUUAAUAGUUUGAACGCAAUACUACCGGAUAAUUUGGAAUCAUUUGCAGAACAGCAAAACUAUGUUGUUUUAGAUCCUCGGCUUCAAGAAAACAAUAACUCAAUAGAUCAUGUUAAUGCUCAUGAUUUUUCGUGCAUCGAUGGAGAUAUGCAAUUUUUCACAAAAUCUAUGAGUGACGAUGUGAAAAAAUACUAUGAAGAUCAACAAUUGCAUGACGCCAGAGUCAUUGAACAGUUGUGCCCAGCAAGUACUUCUUUAGAUACCAAUUUUAGCAUUUCUUUACUUGAUACAAAAAGUUCACAUUUGAGUUCUAAUUUAAGCCAACAAUACAAUCCUCUGAAUGCAGAAGAUUUGAGGAGAAACGAAGAUUGUUAUGACUUCGGGCUUCAACUGCCUCAAAGUGCUGAUUUUAAAGAAGAUGCACUAGACUGCUUAAUGUCUACACCCAAACGACAUGACGACGAACAAAACACUUAUGAGGAUAGCAACCAACUUGACCAACGAGCUCAAGAAAGAGAUGAAAUAAUAAAAGAUCUAAUGAAUAUUGAAAACAAAAUGAAUAUGGCUCAGAAACACAAUGCCUCCGCAAAAGAUGAUCAAAAUAACACAAAUUCGGACUCUAAUGUCCAAGAUUUUAACGUUAAUCAGUUAAAUGUUUCUAAUGUUUUUGACAACGAUUCGGACAAUAGUAAAGAGCUAGAUGCUACGAAGACCAGCAAUGCUGAUUUAUCUGCAGCUAUAACGUCAAGUGGUUUACAAUGGGAUAAUUUAGACAUAAAUACCAAGGAAUCUGGCGAUAAUGAUGAUAAUAGAAAUAACGAACAUAGCACUAGUGCUGAUAGCCAAAUCGAUACAAUGACUUCAGAAUCUCCCUAUCAAGACUCUGUAAUAGAUUUGACAGGACCUGUUAAUGAUAAAGCAGAGCAGUGGGGAAGUAUCAUGAAUGAAAGUGAUGAUUUAAAUAAAGAAAACUCGCCUCGUAUGAACGAUGAAAAUAUAAACUCCACCUUAGAAAAUAACAUACCAUUUGCAGUAGGAUUGCUCCCUCUUAAACAAGUUCAACCCACUGAAGAUGGUAGUUUAUUAAAACGAAAGAAUUCUAUUGACGUCGAUUUGUUGGACAAUGUAGAUGCGAAGUGUUUAAAACGUAAGGUGAAGUACAAGAAAUUGUGAUAAAAUAUUAUUAUAUAGUGUUCAAAGGUAGUUUUAAUAAAGAUUUGUUUAUAAC